UUUCCGUGCUGUCUCUCACUUUCACUUUCAGUCCCUCUGAAAAUUCUCUCUCUUCUAUCUCUUCCUUUUAAUUUAAUUUUCUCUCUCUCUUCUAGUCUUAAUCCUCUGCCAAACUCUUUUCUGUUGAAGGAAACGUGUGGGUGACAUUUCCAUAUUCUUGAUUUUGAUAGCUACGAACCCCAACUCCAACUCCAACUCCAACUCAUUGAACAUUUGAACUCCACUUCUUUCUUAAUUAAAUUACCAUAUUACCACUCUUAUCUUUCCUUCUUCAUCCUCUUCAUUUCCAUCAUCAAUAUCGUCAUCAUCACCAUCGCCGUGCUACUGUAGCUCUUUUCCCCUCUAUUUAUGGUUUGAAAUAAUGGAAAUGAGAAACAAUUUUAUGCCGGAGUUACACGUGGCGCAACAACGGCGGCGAGAUAAGCUCAGAGUUCAGCAUUUUGAGGAAUUACAACAGUCCAACAAUUUCCACCACCACCAACACCAACACCACCAGCAUCAGCAGCAGAAUAGCAGCAGCACUUCUCCGAUGCUACUUCCUCCACCGGAAAUGUUGCAUUUUAUGGCGGCCUCUCAUUCAUCCAACCCCUUCCCUAACAUUCACCCCACUCGCUUUGUGACACCCUCAACCUCGGAUUCCUGUGACACCCACCAACAACAGCAGCAGCAGCAGCAGCCAAUGCAGGGUUGCGAAAACUGGGUACAGAGGCAUAUGGUUGUACCGGAGUUUCUAGUUCAUAAUCAAACUCCUGAAAUUGAUUACCAGAAUAAUAACGUUCAAAGUUGGGGGAGUGGUGGUGGUGGUGGUGGUGGUGGUGGUGGGAAUGAACUCCCUCUACUUCCUCCUAAUUUUAUCAGUCAUCAUCAGUCUAAUGAUGGCGGAGGACUUUCGCUAUCAUUGUCGUCGAAUCAGAUGUGUGAAUACCAACAUAUAGGUGAUCUUCGGGAAUUAAAGCCGUUCGAGUCUGGCACCAUAUCGUCUGUUGUCAAACAAUCAAUGAACAGCGGUAUCCCUAAGUUAGAAUGUGGGAGUAAUGAUCAGGUGCAGGAUGUUGCCGGUUGCUCGAUUCAAGUGCAUCGAAAUGUCGGCCCUCUCGGGCCUUUUACCGGUUAUGCUGCAAUAUUGAAGAGCUCUAAGUUCUUGAAGCCAGCUCAACAUAUAUUGGAUGAGUUCCUUAGUGCUGCUGGUUUGUGGAGAGGGAGUGAAGAGGAUGAGAAUGAUCCGAGUUUAACGACUUCAAGGAGUCAUAAUAUGGCUGAUUGUUCGACUGCUAUGGUCUCGAAAAUGGAUGGAGGAAAUGAUUUGAGUGGUAGGAGUCCCUCUUAUGAGUCAUACCGGCCGGAUUGCCAUGAAAGGAAAGCAAAACUUCUCUACAUGCAAGAGGAGGUUUGCAAACGGCACAAGCAAUAUCACCAACAAAUGCAGAUGGUGAUGUCAGCAUUUGAUUCGGUACCUGGGCUUAGCAAUGCGACUCCCUAUAUUUCUCGCUCAAUUAAGACUAUCUCGAGGCAUUUCAGGUGUCUGAAGAAUGCGAUUGCUGACCAACUCAAGCACAUAAAGAGAGCUUUGGGUGAGGACUUAUCAUCUCCUACCAGCUUUCUCAGGGGUGAUAGUAGUAGUAGUAGUUUGAGGUAUGAUCAGAAUUUUGCGAAGGUCAGAUCUGGUGCUAUAGGUGGAACAGGUCAUAUGGGUCAGCAAAACCAUGUCUGGAGACCACAGAGAGGCCUUCCAGAACGUGCAGUUUCUGUUCUAAGAGCAUGGCUCUUUGACCAUUUUCUUCAUCCGUAUCCAACGGACAAUGAUAAACAAAUGCUUGCUAACCAAACAGGCUUGACUCGAAAUCAGGUGUCAAAUUGGUUCAUUAAUGCGCGAGUACGGCUGUGGAAGCCCAUGGUGGAAGAAAUACACAUGCUGGAAACCAAAGGCUCGUCACACUCUGAACCGAAUUCAAACAACAGCGUAAUGUCAAUCAUUGAGAAAAAUAGACAGGCAGCAGCAGCUGGUAAUCAAUCAGGCUGCAAACCGCCACCACCACCACAACCUUCGGAUCCUGUGUGUGAUAAGGAGUUGGAAUGCUUAGUACCGUCAAGUUCCCUUGAACGGUCAAGAGGCGAUCAGAAUACAAUAAACACGGAACAGCUGUUUCGAAAGUGUUCAAGGCUUGAAAGCCAUCAAGUACCCAGCAGUAUGGAUAAUUCAUUCAUGGGGUUCUUGCCUUACCAAAGGCGGGGGAUCGAGCUAGGAGGGAUAGGUGCUGUGUCUCUUACUUUAGGUCUGCGGCAUGGUUCAGAGACUACUCAGCAGCAAUUGCAGCAUCAGUUUCUACCACAAGGGAUGCCUUUCGGAGGUAUUCAUGAUUUUUCUACCUAAGCCAACCAUUUCGAGUUACCAUGUUGUGCAUAAAAGUAGGAUCUGAUUCUGUAAAACUGACGCGCUAGUACAGCGAUUCAGAGGUAGUUGCACACUUGCACCAGUUAGUUUCCGAGCCACGCCGUGAACUUCUGUUUUUAAAAACUGGAAGGUAUGAAUGAAGUGGAAUGUUAAUUGUACACAAAGUUUCUUAAGGUAAAAAAAAGGUUGUUGCUCAAAUUUUGUUGUAGUCAGCAGAUGAGUAAUUGUAUCAUUUGGAAAUGGAAUGUUACACUCGGUUUCUUUGAACAUCAGAAGCUUAUUUGAAGGUUACACUUUCAUUUCUCAGUCUCUGAGGCGGAGAGACGGUGAGUGCAUGAUAUCACUACUCCACCUCAAUCUCUAAUUACAAGAAUUUGUAAGGUGUAAAUAACAUGUGUGUUGUUAUAAAACUGUACUCCCUCCGUCCCAAA